CGCGGACUCGGACGGCAGCGGCCGUGCGCGAGGACCACAACUCCCAGAGCGCCCCGCGUCCACGCCGCCGCCGAGACCAAGAUGGCCGGGAGAAUCGCCUCCUUCCUAAAGAAUGCCUGGGCCAAGGAGCCGGUGCUGGUGGCGUCCUUCGCCAUCGGGGGCCUCGCUAUAAUUCUGCCCUCCCUCAGCCCCUACACCAACUACGCCAUCAGGAUCAACCGGGCCACACCCUACAACUACCCAGUGCCCCUCCGAGAUGAUGGGAACAUGCCCGACGUGCCCAGCCACCCCCAGGACCCCCAGGGCCCCAGCCUGGAGUGGCUGAAGAACCUGUGAGCACCUCCGCUGGCAGGGAGAGAGGCCGCCUCCCCAGCGGCCCCCAAUAAAAAUAUGAAAACCA